CAAUUCACAGCUCGAUAUACGCAAUAUUUGACGCGAGAGGAGGUGCGUAGGAUGUACAUCAAUUUGCUCCGCACCGAUUUGGAGUCGUAUAGGCGCCUCAAAAAAGCGGCACUCCGAAAUUUGGAAUUGUUUUUAAAUGUGCAAGAAACAAAAAUGGUGAAGGAUAAUACAGAAUGGCAGUCGACGAAGGAUGAACACGAUCUGAAGGAAAUGGAGCUAGCGAAUUCGGGACUGGCUUCGGCAAUAAUACAAGUUUAUUGGAGUACUAUCCUGAAUUCGUAUUACACUGACUGUAGUGAUGUACGAAUGGAUGUUGUCAGGGUUGUGACACUGACAUUAAAGCAAGGUUUGGUGACACCAGGCUCCUCAAUCCCAACACUGAUUGCUAUGUCAACGGAUCCCGAACCCCGUAUUCGGUCGAGUGUUGAGCGUGCGCUCAGGGAUAUUGAUUCGAAAUAUUCGGGCAUGGUCAUGAGUAAGGCAAUUACCGGCAUACGCCAAGCAUUUCGCUUGCGAAAAAUUCUGAAGAUUGAUGCCAAUAAUAUCGUACGAGGUAUACGCUCUCUUGAACUUUUGCCAACGCCAUCAACUUCGGGACGGUUGCCGGAAGACAAGCGCGUAUUAUUUGAAUGCAUGAAGAACAGUCAAGCAUGCUUCAUUUUGCUUUAUUUGAAGAGCUUUUUGAUGAAGUUAUACGGGUUUACUGAUGCGAAACUACAGGAAUACAGUCCGUCCGAGGCUGCUAAAGUUUAUGAAAAAGCUGUAAAUACUCGUCGAAAUAUGGCAAUGUUUAAUCCCCAGUCGGCAUUGCUGGAGCUCAGUCCCGAAGCUGCUUUAAAACGAGAUACCGUCGCUGGUCAUAUUGAGAUGGCCUCACAGAUUGUUGCGUAUUUGCGUGUUUACUGCCCCAUUAUACCACCAGAGGGUUAUGGACUUAAGCCCCAUUAA